AAAGGUUGAUUUAGGGGAUUUCUUCUUGUGUUUGGGGGAGUAUGUUUAAGGUAGCAUCGGUCAAAAAAGUGGGUGAGAUGAUGUGAAAGGCCGAAAGAAAUUUACACAGCAGACUUUGAGGAACACUUACCAUCACCAUUUCACACAGUCUUGACAACCUUCUUUCCACUGUCUUCUCUUUAACGAGCCUUGCUGUCACCUGCCCUCUUGUUUGUUUGCUUACGGAGAUAAAUAUGACAUGUUACUUUCUUCCCUCAGGUUCUUCUGACCCUCCUUUCUUCUUCACCUCUUCGGACCCCCAAUGCGCAGCUUUCUCUCUCUAACUCCCAUAUCAUUGCACUAUCCGCUUCUCGUCUUCUCCUUCUCCUCCCUCCUGUUAACUUUCCACUGCUGAAACCCGUCUCUCUCUCUCUCUCUCUCUCUUCAGACCCCGCAGCCUUCCCUUUUACUACCCUUCGCCCCCACCGGUUUGACGCUCUUUCUCCACAUCUGUGUUUGCGUUUCACACAAGCUGGGCUCGCUCUCUUACCGGCCUCUAUGAACAACUGGUUAGGCUUCUCGCUGUCUCCUCAGGAGCUCCCUCCUCCGCAGGCUCAGCGAAUCCACCCCUCUCCUGGCAUCAUCUCUGACGACGAGGUCUCCGCCGACUGCUACGGCCUCUCCCCCGACUCAUCGUCAACGCCUCCCCUCGGCAUCCCAACUCUGAGACCAGAUGGGUCUUUUGGCAUCUUGGAAGCCCUUAACCGGCCGUGCCAUCAUUCCCAAGAUUGGAGUAUGAAGAGCCUAGAGUAUAAAGGAAGCUCUUCUGAGCUGUCAAUGUUGGUUGGGUCAAGUAGCAACCAGAACACCAUGGACGACCAACAGCCUAAGCUUGAAGACUUCCUCGGUGGGCACUCAUUUGCACAACAUAAUCAGAAGCUCCCGUCCAUCGCCGGAAAUUACGACAAUCCGAGCGACUACAUGUACUCCCAUGGUUGCAACAGUGGGGGGCUUCUGAGCAGCAACGGUGGAUGUAGCAGCAGCUCCAUCGGGCUAUCAGUGAUCAAGACUUGGUUACGGAACCAGCCGGCGCCACCGUCACAGGUGGAAGGAAAUGGAAGCGACGAAGCGGGCUGCAGCAACAUGAACAGUAGUGUUGGAGGUGCGGUGGCGGGGAACGUAGGUGGGACAUUGACGAGUUCACAGAGCUUGUCACUGUCGAUGAGUACUGGGUCGCAAUCCAGCUCCCCGUUGCCGCUCUUGGCAGCGGCUGUAAGUGGGGGAGGGGAGAGCUCAUCGUCAGAGAAUAAGCAGAAGGAUGGUAAUGGGAGUGGCCUUGACGCCCAGAGCGGCGCGAUGGAGGCAGUGCCAAGGAAAUCUAUCGACACGUUUGGUCAAAGGACUUCGAUAUACCGGGGAGUUACAAGGCAUAGAUGGACAGGCAGGUACGAGGCUCAUCUAUGGGAUAACAGUUGCAGAAGAGAAGGACAGACUCGCAAGGGCCGACAAGUCUAUCUAGGUGGCUACGACAAAGAAGAAAAGGCAGCUCGGGCAUACGACUUGGCUGCUCUCAAGUACUGGGGUACUUCUACCACCACCAAUUUCCCUAUAAGUAACUACGAGAAAGAGUUGGAGGAGAUGAAGCAUAUGACGAGGCAGGAGUAUGUUGCCUCUCUAAGAAGGAAGAGUAGUGGAUUUUCGCGUGGUGCCUCUAUAUAUCGUGGAGUGACAAGACAUCAUCAGCAUGGAAGGUGGCAAGCUAGGAUAGGAAGGGUAGCUGGAAACAAAGAUCUAUACCUGGGAACCUUCAGCACCCAAGAGGAAGCAGCAGAGGCCUACGACAUCGCAGCGAUAAAGUUCCGAGGCCUCAAUGCCGUCACCAAUUUCGACAUGAGCCGGUACGAUGUGAAAGCCAUUCUCGAGAGCAGCACGCUUCCUAUUGGCGGAGCUGCCAAGCGCCUCAAAGAGAUCUCCGACCACGCGGAGGCGAGCGUCGACGGCAGGAUGACCGAUGAUGGUAGCAUCACGUCCCAUCUAACCGAUACCAUCAGCAGCUACGGCUCCCACCACCAUGGCUGGCCGACCAUCGCCUUCCAGCAGGCGCAGUCCCUCAGCUUCCACUAUCCUUAUGGGCAGCCCAGGGGGUGGUGCAAGCAGGAACAAGAUUCUGUCGUCGCUGCUGCUCAUAGCUUGCAGGACCUUCAGCAUCUCAACUUGGGGAGCAACACCCAUAACUUCUUCCAGCCAUCUAUGAUCCACAACCUCAUGAGCUUAGAAUCGUCCUCCUCGGUGGAUCAUAGCACGGGGUCUAAUGCAGUCAUCUACAAUGGAAACGUCGGAGGGAGUAACGGAAACUAUAAUGUGGAUGGCACCGGUGGGUACGUGAUGCCGGUAAGCACAAUGGUGGUGGAUCAAAAAGAUCAAGGCAGUAGCAGCUAUUCUGAGAGUGAGGGGAAGCAAAUGGCUUAUGAGAAUAUGUUGGCCGCUGGUGAUCCCUGCGCUGGGAGGAGCAUUUACUAUCUGCCACAGCAGUCGACCAGUAGCAAUAUGGUGAAAGAGAAUGGCUAUGAGCAGAUCAACGGGUACAACAACUGGAUGCCUGCAACAGUGCAGGCUCCUUCAGCAGGAGGAAACAAUGUGACUGUUUGCCAUGGGGCUCCACUUUUCACAGUAUGGAAUGAUUCUUAGGUCAAAGCUUUGGUGAUUAGAAGGGGAAGAAUGUGGAUGGUUAAGGAAAAGAAAGGAAUAUUCUAGCUAGCUGAUCCUGACUUCGACUUAUGUUUAUAUCUUGUAAGGGUUCUCGAUACUGAUGAUGAUAGAGAGAACCAAGAAGAGCUACUUGGUUUUUGUCAAAUGCAACUCUUCUUCUGACAAUUUGCAUUAUCCUGAAGUUUUGGUUAUGGCCUGUGAGUGGUGAUCAUGUCUCACUUGCUGUGAAUUUUGGGGAGCUUCAGAUGCAUGGAUAUGAUAAUAGCUAAGGAGCUUUGUAUGUGGUCAUGUUAAGAGAGAAUGGUCAUUUUCCAAUAUCUGAGAUGAGGUACACUUGAGCUUCUUUCAUGUGCUCAUGUUGACUGAAUCAGUGCUAGAAUUCCAGCUACCAUGAUUUCUUUUAUAUGCACAUGUCUCAGCUGCCAAGUUGGAUGUUUUCAAAGGUUCAUCCUUUGACAAUAUAUAUACAUGCAGGUAGGAGGGAGCCUGCAGUAGUGGACUGCAAGUUAAAUCUUAA